CACAAUUAAAAAAAAAAAAAGGUUCAAUCUCUUAAAUGGUGAGUCUAUUUUCGUCAAGGAAGAGAUCAAGGAAAGGAAACAAGAACCCUUAUUCAGAUCUUGGACUUGAAAAGUUCUCAGCACUUCUCUCUGAGCUAGACGAGAAGAGACAGAGCAUUUACGCAACGAGACUCGACUCAGAUGGACCGCCUCUUGUUCGGUUUGUGUUCAAAAGCUCCGGAGAGUGCGUCCCUAUCAUGAUCAAGACAAAGAAGAUAACCAAGAAGAAGGAUUCUCUAGAUGAUUUAAAGGUCAAGACCGAAACAAAAGUAGAGGAGGUGAAAGAAAUAAAGAAUACAGAGUUGGUAACAGAGCAAAAACAGAGCUGUGUAUUGAAGAAGAUUUCGAGACCGAAGCAUUUCUUACCCGUGACAACAAUCUUGGUUUUGAUCUUCUUGGUGUUCUUUGGACGAACAGUAUCGAUCAUGUGCACUUGUAUAGUUUGGUACUUGAUUCCAUUGAUCAAGGAACAUUGCAGAACUAGACGAUCGUCACAACAUGAAACCCAAAAGAAAAACAAGAAGAAGUUUCCGCAUCUGGCUGCUCCCCGGUGA